AUGAACUUCUAUCGCCGAUUCGGUCCUGGAGCAUCUCGCGAGGGAUACGAAGCUGUAAAUACCAACGACACGGACGACGCGAACACUGCACUUGUUGCGAACUCUGAUGGGAGACCGAAGCCGCCGAGCGACGAAGGCAACGGCGCCAUCCUCCGUGGUCCUCGUAUCCUCUUGCUGGCACUCCCUGCUGUCUGCGACAUUCUUGGGACAACAUUGAUGAAUAUUGGCCUGCUCCUCGUUGUUGCCUCGAUCUACCAAAUGACUCGCGGCGCUCUUGUUCUCUUUGUUGGGCUGUUCAGUGUCAUCUUCCUUCGCAGACAUCUCUAUCUCUUCCAGUGGUUAUCUCUUGUGGGUGUUGUUUUCGGUGUUGCCAUCGUCGGCCUGGCCGGCGCCAUCUAUCACGAGGACAAGAACACACAGAGUGCCGAGGACGAAGGUGCUCCGACGUCCAACGCACUGCUCUCUGUCAUCGGUGUGUUGUUGAUUGCUGGAGCCCAGAUAUUCACAGCGACACAAUUUGUGCUAGAGGAGUGGAUCCUCGAAAGAUCAGCCAUAGAACCCAUCAGGGUUGUCGGUUGGGAGGGUCUAUUCGGCUUCAUCGUUACAGUCAUUGGCAUGAUUGUCCUGCACCUCGCCAUCGGUCGCACUGACGCUGGUCGUAAUGGGUACUUUGACAUGGUUGAAGGCUGGAGGCAGCUCACAGAGAAUCGAGCCAUCGGUGUGUCCAGCAUCCUGAUCAUGAUCAGUAUCGGAACGCUCUUCAUCUGGAUCGUCUCUCUCGGCUUGCACUGGGAGACAUUCAAGUGGCUGCAAGUCGCUGGUUUCGCCCUCCUCGUCUACUUUACGUUCCUCUUUAACGGCAUCGUCCAGCCCCCUUUCAAGUUCCUCGUCCCGGAAGAAGAGGUAGAGGAGUUGUUACCGGAAGACCCUAUCGAACACCAGUAG